GAUACAAAAACAAUUUUGACCCAAUCUGAAGCCCAUGAAGGGAAAACUAAACAAGCUUAUAUACCCCUUCUCUCCUCUUAGUUCUCCCAUUGUGAGCUUUUGCGUUUGCCCUAAUUAAACCUAGAAAAGAUCUCAUUGAAUCUGGUACAAUGAGGAGGAGAAGUUACAGCCCAUCACCACCAAGAGGUUAUGGCAGGAGAGUGAGGAGCCCGAGCCCCAGGGGUCGAUAUGGUGGUCGAAGUAGCAGAGAUGCUCCAACUAGUCUUUUAGUUCGAAACCUUCGUCACGAUUGUCGGUCAGAGGACCUCAGAAGGCCGUUUGGGCAAUUUGGGCCAGUCAAGGAUAUUUACUUGCCGAGGGACUACUACACUGGAGAACCACGUGGCUUUGGAUUUGUCCAGUUUGUGGACCCUGCUGAUGCUGCUGAAGCUAAAUAUCAGAUGGAUGGACAGGGUUUUCAAGGUCGACAACUGACCGUGGUUUUUGCUGAGGAAAACAGGAAAAAGCCAAAUGAAAUGAGAUCUAGGGAACGCAGUGGAAGGAGUACCCGCAGCUAUGAUCGGAGACGGACUCCCCCUCAAUAUUCUCGAUCUCCACCUUCACGCUUUGCACGAUCAAGAUCAAGAUCACACAGCCGAGACUACUAUCCCCCCAAGAGAAGGCAUUACUCGAGGUCUAUUUCACCUGAGAAAAGAUACAGCCGUGAGAGAUCAUACUCUCCCCGAACUGGCCGGGAGAGAUCAUAUUCACAAUCUCCUGCACGUGACCAUUCUCCUCCACCAUAUAAUGGGUCAAGGAGUCAAUCUCCAGUCAGAGAGCGAUCACCAUAUAAUGACAGUCCAAGGAGCCGUAGCAUUAGUCCAGAUGGAGAUCGUUCUCCAAUUAAGGGUCACAGCAGGAGCCCUAGUAGGAGCCGCAGCAGAAGCCCUGUGUGAUCCAAAACGUGAAGUGUCUCCAUGAUGCCAAGCUGUGUCUUUAGUAGAUGAAUGCUGUAAUCUGGAUUGCCUUCUAGUUGUAUGACUCAUUCGGUGUUGUUUCUAAACUUUGGUAGAGUUUAGUUGGUAUCGACAACUGAAUUUAGACAUGGGCAUUAGACAACAUCAGUUCUGGUCGAAUGUUGUGCCAGUGGAUGAAUAUUUUAUCUGAUAUAAUGUUGAGUGUGAUUAUUACUGUCUA